UGUAUCAUAUUUAUGUUUUGGAUCUUUGUGAAUCUAAUGGAUAAGUCUCACAUAAUUUGGAUCUUUGUGUCGUUCGCUUGAUUCAUAAAAUCUGCUUGCUUCUUCUGUCUUGGCUCGAGAUCUAGACCAAGCACAGAAGAAUCCGAUUCUGAUUUGCAUUUUGUAGAAACUGUUUUGGCUUGCUUUUGACUUUUGUAUAAAUGGCUUCGAGUAUUGUGGUCCUUUGUUCUAUUAUGUACUGUGUGGCAGGUGCAGAAAGUGUCAAGUAUAUUUUCUUAGAACAAUAAAGCAACGCGAAUUCGUUCGUUGUCAAUACAAGAAGAGAUGCGUUGCGUGAAUAGAUUAUUGUCGCGGACGCCAUGUUCCUUCCCCCGCAACAUGUGUACGGUUACAUCCGCAAAGCUUAACUACAUGAUCGACGCUUACAUACAAGGCAACAACAUAAACAAUGCUCGAAAACUGUUUGACGAAAACCCCUCGUCCCGCAACCUCGUAUCCUGGAACAUGAUGAUGACUGGUUACGUCAAACACCAUCAAAUUCAAUAUGCCCAGUACCUGUUCGAUCAAAUGCCCUUCAAAGACACGGUUUCUUGGAAUAUCAUGCUCUCUGGUUUUCACAGAAUCACAAACUCUGAUGGGUUGUACCGCUGUUUCUUGCAAAUGGGAAGAGCUGGUGUGCCCCCCGAUGACUAUACCGUCUCCACAUUGCUCAGAGCGGUUAUAAGCACCGAGUUAGAUGUUUUGAUCCCCCAGCUUCACGCUCGAGCGCUGCAUUUAGCACUUAACUUGAGUGUGUUUGUUGGGUCUUCGUUGAUCAGAGCUUAUGCCAGUUUAAGAGACGAGGAGGCUUUUAAGCAAGCGUUUGAUGAUAUAUUGGGGAAAGAUGUCACGUCUUGGAAUGCUUUGGUUUCUGGUUAUAUGGAAGUGGGAAGUAUGGAUGAUGCUCAAACAACCUUUGAUAUGAUGAUGCCUGAGAAAAACAUAAUUUCAUGGACUACUUUGGUGAAUGGUUAUAUCAGGAACAAGAGGAUAAACAAAGCAAGGUCUGUUUUUAACAAAAUGAGCGAGAGGAAUGUGGUGUCUUGGACGGCAAUGAUUAGUGGGUAUGUGCAAAAUAAGAGAUUUAUGGAUGCUUUGAAUCUUUUUCUUCUGAUGUUUAAUUCGGGAACUUGUCCCAAUCAUUUCACGUUCUCAAGUGUGUUGGACGCAUGUGCUGGUUGUUCAUCCCUUUUGACAGGAAUGCAGGUGCACCUGUGCGUUAUCAAGUCUGGCAUACCAGAGGAUGUCAUCUCAUUGACCUCGCUUGUGGAUAUGUAUGCAAAAUGCGGGGAUAUGGAUGCAGCAUUUCGUGUUUUUGAGUCCAUUCCGAAUAAGAAUUUGGUGUCAUGGAAUUCAAUAAUUGGUGGCUGUGCCAGGAAUGGAAUAGCUACCCGAGCACUGGAGGAGUUUGAUAGGAUGAAAAAAGCUGGUGUUACACCAGAUGAAGUUACUUUUGUAAAUGUGUUGUCAGCGUGUGUGCAUGCAGGUCUUGUUGAAGAAGGUGAAAAGCACUUUACUUCUAUGUUGACCAAGUAUGAAAUCCAAGCAGAGAUGGAGCACUAUACUUGCAUGGUGGACCUCUAUGGAAGGGCAGGGCAAUUUGAUGAAGCUUUAAAGUCGAUCAAGAAUAUGCCAUUUGAGCCUGACGUGGUGUUGUGGGGUGCGCUGCUUGCAGCUUGUGGCCUGCAUUCAAAUUUAGAAAUUGGAGUGUAUGCUGCAGAGAGGAUCCGCAAACUGGAGAGCGAUCAUCCUGUUUCCUACUCAAUUCUUUCAAAGAUCCAAGGUGAGAAAGGAAUAUGGAGCAGUGUAAAUGAAUUGAGGGACAUGAUGAAGGAGAGACAAGUCAAAAAGCAGAAGGCAUCGAGUAAGCUCUUUCUGUAAAUCCAGCCGAGUGACAAAGAUUAUGUGCUGUUUAUGAGAAAAUAAGUUCCCCCCCAUAAAAAAGAGAAGUUAUCAUUUCUCAGUCUUUUGUGGCUCAUUAUACUCCAAUGAAUUCCUGAGGUACAUUAGAGUAGAGCCCAUGUGAUUUGGGAGUCUCAAACAUCCUCAAGCCACUGGCGAGGGAGCAUGCCAGAUGAACUGUCAAUCACUCAUUUCCCUUCUUGGCUUCUGAUGAAUCAAAUGCUCAUUUUAUUGAAGAUUUCUGUAGUAUGAACUGUUGUUAAAACGAGUGGGGUUAAAAUGUCCGAGUGAACUUUUCCAACUCUUGAAUUUUCAAAUACAAAGUUACAAUUGGAGGACAAUAAAAGCAUUGGUAAUUCUCUGUGGUGAAUGGGGAUAAGGUUAUUCAUGGUUACCAAAAAAUAUUGAAAAUUGAGAUAUACGAGGGGAAAACACCAUUGGGUUCCAAAUAUGUAGACAUUGUAUAUCUACAUUUACUUUUUGUCAAUUUCUUUUUUUUUUAUGGGUAAUGAACAUCAGUUAUCUUAGGGUAUAUGUUUAUUUGCAAAGGUCGAAAACAGGAAGAUGUAAUUUGGAGAAAGUGAAAUGAAUAACUUGGAGUUUUGACUA